AUGUUCAAAAUAUAUGAUAACCAUGAAGACCCUAAUCCCAAUGUUGAAAGUUUAAAACUAUACUGCAAAGUGCACCAAGUGCCUUAUUUCAUAAUAUUGGAGAAUGAUAUGCUUAUUUACAAAAUUGAAUCUGAUAAAGACCGGUUGCUUUUUAAACAAAACAGUGAAUCGGAAUUUCACAACUUUCUAAAAACAAAGUUUAACAAGAGCAAAGAGAGCACAGCCAUCACGCCCAUCAAAAGUAAUCAGACCGUUCAUAAUGUUGAAGACUUGAAUGAAGACUUUCAAUUUGUUGAUAUUCUAUCGAGCAUGAAACAGUUGCUUUCAAAAUUCAAAAAAGGUCCUAUUCAUAUUUUGUUAGCUGAAAUAUCAAAAUAUAUGUUGAAAUCUAUAGCCGCUGCAAUUGAUAUUUCAAAAGGAGAAAAAAUAUAUUCAGAAAAUCGGCCACGACAUCGCUUCUUUGACGUUCAAAAACAACCACAAUUCAAAGAUGAAGUAUUCGACUCUUUGUAUUUAAUAUCGCGCCUAGUAUUCAGCCGAAAUUCAGGCUUCGGCCAUUUUCAACGACCGAAUAACAUUGCAAUUUCUGUCCUGGUUAUGACAUUAAACUGA